AUGCUUUCAGCCAUCGAUCCGAUUGAAAGGCACAAGAUGGGACGCCGCGUCGAUACUGUUUUUGCUUCUGGACCUAUCGAGCUUGGCUGCACCGAAAUUGGAGCAAAAAAUGACCAAACAAAAACAUUAACGGAUAGAUCCCUCAAAAUGCCACUUAUACUACGGGAUAUGUUGCUUGAUGUUACGUAUGCUCCGGCAUUACUCAAGCGUUCCCAUGUGGUCGCGUAUUGUAUAGGAUUUUUCCAAAUUAUUUGCAGCUUUGCGCCCGAUGAAAGCGAAAGUUUGCGUGCCAUUUGA